ACUGGGGUCCAGCCGGGCGGGGGGGGGUGGGCCGGGAUGGAUGGGGCCGCGGCGCCGCGGAGGAGUGCGCGGGAGCGCGCCGGGAGCCAGCCGGGCGGCCGCCAGGAGAAGAGCCCGCCGGAGAGGAAGGUUUACAUGGACUAUAACGCCACCACCCCCCUGGAGCCCCAAGUCAUGCAGGCUGUGACCGAGGCCAUGCAAGAGGCCUGGGGAAACCCCAGCAGCCCAUACCCCGCCGGAAGGAAAGCCAAGGACAUCAUAAAUGGGGCGCGGGAGGCCCUGGCGAGAAUGAUCGGAGGCAAAUCUCAGGACCUCAUCUUCACCUCUGGGGGCACUGAGUCCAAUAACUUAGUGAUCCAGUCUGUGGUGAGACAUUUCCACGAAAGCCAGGCCUCCAGGGGGGACCUGGCAGAGCAGCCCGGCCCCGCCGAGGGUGCCAAGCCCCACGUUGUCACGUGCACAGUGGAACACGACUCGAUCCGGCUGCCCCUGGAGCACCUGGUGGAGAAACAAGUGGCCGAGGUGACCUUCGUGCCGGUGUCCACCGUGAGCGGGCAGGCCGAGGCUGAGGACGUCCUCGCGGCGGUCCGCCCCACCACCUGCCUCGUGACCAUCAUGCUGGCCAACAACGAGACGGGCGUCAUCAUGCCUGUUCCCGAAAUAAGCCAGCGCAUCAAAGCGCUCAACCAGAGACGGGUCGCGGGUGGGCUGCCUCGUGUUCUGGUGCAUACGGAUGCCGCACAGGCGUUGGGGAAGAGGCGCGUGGACGUGGAGGAACUGGGCGUGGACUUCCUCACCAUUGUGGGCCACAAGUUCUACGGCCCCAGGAUUGGUGCACUUUAUGUUCGAGGGCUCGGUAAACUCACGCCCCUGUACCCCAUGCUGUUUGGAGGUGGACAAGAGCGGAAUUUCAGGCCAGGGACAGAGAACACCCCCAUGAUCGCCGGCCUUGGGAAGGCUGCCGAGCUGGUGACGGAGCACUGCGAGGCGUACGAGGCCCACAUGAGGCAUGUCCGCGAUUACCUGGAGGAGAGGCUGCUGGCAGAAUUUGGUAAGAGAAUCCAUUUGAACAGCCGCUUUCCAGGGACAGAGCGGCUGCCCAACACCUGCAACUUUUCCAUCCGGGGACCCCAGCUUCAAGGCUGCAUGGUGCUUGCCCAGUGCCAGACGCUGCUGGCCAGUGUGGGGGCUUCAUGCCACUCGGACCAAGGGGACCAGCCGUCCCCCGUGCUGAUGAGCUGUGGCAUCCCCUUCGACGUGGCCAGGAACGCGCUCCGGCUCAGCGUGGGCCGAGCCACCACCACGGCCGAGGUGGACCUGGUCGUGCAGGACCUGAAGCAGGCUGUGGCCCGCCUGGAGGGCCAGGCCUAGGGCCAGCAGCUGCCCUGGCUCUGGGGGCCACUCGCCAGAGGAAGCCCCUCAGGCCUCCAGGCCGCACCUGAGCCUCUGGGUGGCUGCCCUGGGCGGCUCACGUCUCUGGAUCUUCGCUCUGCCCUGGGCGCUUGGCGCUGGGGCUGGGGCACCUGUGUGCUUUUUCUCCUCUGGACAUUGGUCUGCCUGCCACAUAGACCCUGUGCCCUCACAGGCCCAGGGCACCAGUGCCCACAUAGGAUUCUCUUCUUGUCAAUCGCUGCCAGAAGCCACUGGAUAUGAAUCACUGGGGCUCGUCCACAGCCCCUCCUGGGAGUGGGACCGGCCCGUCGGGACCCCUCUUCCUGGAAGGUGGUGGUUUACCUAGGAGACAAAAUCCAGAUCUUCAUAAUCCAUUGCCAUGAAUUUGCUGCUGUUGUGAAAUAGGAAACUCGCUUUUUGCGUGGCGCAUGGGCUCUCAGGUAGAGUGCUCUCUCUGGGGCCCAUCUCAACCCUUCUCCCGCCUGAGGACAGUGACGCCUCCAGCCUGCCUCCCGCGGUGGUGACUGCUGCCGCUCCUGCCAUCGGAUCUGCCAUCCUCCAGACGGCGCUCCGCUCCUGCCACCCCUGCCUCCCCUGCCACCGGCCCACUCCUGCUGCCUUCCAGCCCUUCCCAGCGGCUCCUUCUGCUCAUUUACUUGGGAUGGGACUCGACCCUCACUGGUCUGGGCUGUGUGCAUGCACAGCCCCUGGGUCAUUCCUGAGGGGGAGUCAGAUCCCCCUGACCUCACCCCACUUUCAUCUUACUGCAAAAGGAUAAGUGACUGGUAGUUACACAAAAACGACUGUCAGGGAAUAACUUCUCACCAUGCGCUUUUUAAGUAAGGUAUAGGAAGUAAGUCCAUGAUGGCGCUGAGGAAAGCAAUUGUCAGAAAUUACAUGAACUAAUUAAAGAUUUCCACACUU